CGCUGUUUGUAUGCCCGUGAUCUUACGGUCGAUCCAUCCACAGAUACAUAGUUCGAAGACUACGUAUAUUGUCUGUAGAUAACUUGACAACAGGAGACAAAUAUAUGUCACGAUAUUUUUUCUUUUGCUGAAAUGAAAAAUGAAAGAUAUUAUCAACGUGUAUUCGCAAAUAAUUGUUUAAAAAUCUGAACAAAGUUUAAGUCAUAAAACACAGACUAUACGUUAUUCUCUACAAAAUACAUCUUUGAACUAUGGAAGAGAAUUUGCAUUUUUCCCAUAAAAUUUAUAAAAACGAUCCUCUGUUAUUUAAAAGUUACGUUGGCAAAAAAGUGAAUAUUUUAACGGAAGAUGAUAGUACAAUCUCUGGCAUCGUUUAUACCGUUGAUCCAGUUUCAGAGAGUGUUGUACUGCUACAAGGCUGUGAACAAGAUAAUUUAAAAAUCGUAUGUGGCCAUACGAUAAAGAACAUAGAAAUUUGUUCGAGUGAACCAUGCAGGUUACCAGAAUUAUUUACAAACGUGCCAAAAAAUAUUCAAACUGCGGUAGGGGAGCGAAAAAGUGCUGUGAUAAAAUUACUCCAGGAAAAUCGAUUCCCCGUGAAGAUACAGAAUGAUAUUUUAACAAUAGAGAACGUACUCUCAAUAAAACCACCCUAUGAACCUGCAGAUUGCAUUUGCACUAACAGCAUUAUCUUGCAGAGAAUUCAAAAUCUCCUCUCUCGUAUACAAAUUUGAUGUUUUUACAUUUAUUUAGCGACAUUUAUAUAUACUUUGUAUUUAAUUGACUAAUGAAAUAUUCUUAGAUAUUAAUAUAAGAAA